GACCAAGGUACACGAUAUUGUUGAGGAGUUUCGGCAUUGUCGUAUCAAAAUAAAGUGAACAUUCGUUUGACGGCAACCGUUUAGACAGGGCGCGUUUUAUUUUUAUUGUUAUUAAUAUUAUUAUUGCGCGCGAGCGAGCGAGCGGUUACCGCGGAACCUGCUGCAGUUUUCCCAAGAUCUUCUUCGGGGGUUGAUACUUUUUUUUCGGGUGGCACACACUAAACUAACUGCCGCCUAGUAGUUUUGCGUGCUGGCAAUAGUAGUUUUGGCACAGAGCACAACAACUACUAUUGUUAUUGCCUGUGGCGCGUGCGGUCGGUCUUUGAGACAAUUUUUAUCGGUCAUUAUCGGUGAAGUGUUUACGAGUGGCAAAAGAUAUAACAAAAAAAAUCGUAGAUCGACAAGUGUUUUGGAAAUCUGUCUGAUAUCUGAUUUUUUUUUCUGAUUGGGUUGAUCCCAGUCAGAUUGUUGUGGGAGAAAACAGUUAUUGCUCGAAAGUUCCCAAAAAUUGAUUGAUUUAACGACUGCUGUUGCAGUCUGAAGUGACAAGUGACAAAUCGAAAAUUGUAUUUUUCGAGUGUGCUGUGCAUUGGGAAAAAAUGAGAUAUCAUAAAAAAUAACAAGUUACUAGUUGGGGUAAAAAAUACACGUGUGAUAUUAUUUGUGGUGCGUGGAGGAAAAGUAACAACAGUUCUGUGCUAAAAGAACGAAGCAGGCGCAUAAAUUCCAAGUAUUUUCCGUACACUCAGUGUUGGUUGUUAUGCAAUAUGUGUGUAAAAAGUGUGCGACAGUCAUAUGAAUGAAAAUCGCUGCUGCUGCUGAACCAUCCAAGUAGACUUUUGCGGCAGGACACACUGGACAAGGGCAAACAGGGAACUCAAAGUUUGUGGUGUGCAAUUAUUGUCGUGAAACAAGGAGCGAGUCGAUAGGAAGUUUAUUUUGGGCUAGGAUCGGAACGGAAACGGCUUCAAAAUUUUGGCCAACAUGAAUUCGUACUUUGAACAGACCGGGUUCUACGGACACCCGCAUCAAGCGGCCGGUAUGAUGAGCUCAACCGGAAGUCAUCACGAUCAGACCACGGCCGCGGCCGCUGCAGCCUAUCGUGGUUUUCCACUUUCGCUCGGAAUGUCCCCGUACACCAAUCACCACCUGCACCAGAGCCGAUCCGGACAAGAGUCGCCGUACGAUGCGAGCAUACAGGCUGCCUGCAAACAGAUCUACGAAGGCUCCUACAAUACCAAGGACUGCGGGAAGACCGGAGGAAGCGGAAACGGAACCACAGACACCACCAAUGGCUACAAGGACGUGUGGAACUCGGCGGCCAACAAUAGUGCCGGAAAUGCCGCAGCCACCGGAGCCAACGUACCUGCCCAACAAAACAGCUCAGUUCCUGUCCGACCCUCGGCCUGUACCCCGGAUUCCCGCGUCGGAGGCUACAUUGAUGCGUCCGGAGGCAGCCCGGUCAGCCGGACGGGUUCUUCCGCAACGGCCGGAGUCACUGGCUCCUGGAACUCCCAGCAAUGCACACUGACUGGAUCGACCGGUGGCCAAACUGCACCCACAACCGGUCUCCAUCAGACUAACCAUACCUUCUACCCCUGGAUGGCUAUCGCAGGUAAGAGAUACUCAGAAUCUCUUGCGGGCACACUGCUUCCAGACUGGAUAGGUGCCAACGGUCUGCGAAGACGAGGCCGGCAAACGUACACCCGCUACCAGACGCUGGAGCUGGAGAAGGAAUUCCACACCAACCACUACCUAACGCGCCGGCGCCGGAUCGAGAUGGCCCACGCGCUCUGCCUGACCGAGCGGCAGAUCAAGAUCUGGUUCCAGAACCGCCGGAUGAAGCUGAAGAAGGAAAUCCAGGCCAUCAAGGAGCUGAACGAGCAGGAGAAGCAGGCCCAGGCCCGGAAAGCCCAGGAAGCGGUGGCCGUGGCCGGGUUGCAUGACCCAAACUAGGGGUUAGACCAUACCAAUCACAGUAGUUCUAGUAAUUAUUUAUACUAACUUUAGUUAGGUUGUUUAUUAUUAUUAUUAUUUCUUUUUGUUUCGGUUCUCCAGUGGUAGGAAAUACAACAAAAAAAACCGGUAUAAAAAAAAGAAAAUCUCUACAGAGGCGUGUGCGCAAUUCUAAUGUUUUCGGUUAGAGAGCGCUCGUUUUAUUUUUAAAAGAUAAACUGACACAAACACACAGACAGACAGAAAAACACGAAACAAGUUGUUUUAGUUUAUUUUUUAAUUUUUUUAAUUUUAAACUGGCGCGUUAUGUUUCAAACCUAAUUUUAGUACUGGUUAGUUGCUAUGUUUCGUUUUUAAGUAAAUUAAAUUUGUAUAAAGAAAUGUUGCUAAAGAGAUUAAUUUAAUUACUCAAUACAACCCCGCCCCUUCCCCUUCCUUCGGUUGGGUUUUAGACGAAAGCUCACCAUCUCAUGAAGAGCCGAGCUAAUCCCCUCUAGAGAGGAAGCAAACGGAAACAGCAAACUACUAAAACGCUAGUGAAAGGUACAUCGGAAGACCCCUCGAAAGUUUUUCUCUCCUGACGAAACGAAAACUGUCUCUGGCUGCCAGGCCCUACCGAUGCUGGCGGAUGCGAGCAGACUCACUGUAUAAAGAAACUAUUCGUUAUAAGCGUAUAAAUAUUAUAUAGAGAAUAUGAGGAGCGCAGGAUCUCCUUGACAUAAAAAAAAACAGACACCGAGAUCGGAAGAAACUCAAAAAGAAUAUUGUACAAAUGGGAUUUGAACAAAAACAAGUAAAAACUACACUAAAAGGAGCAAGCCGAUCCAAAAUGAAACCAUUAUUGGAAAGACAAAUGUUUGCAGCUAUUUUCAUGGGAAUCUCAGAACAACGCUCAGCAAAACUCUCAGUUUUAAGUUCUAGAUGGAUGGAAAUAAAAGUUUGUAGAAAUUUAUCGAAAAAUUAGAACAAAUAGUUCUUUUGUGAUGUGCAAACAUGCAAUAUACGUAGAUAAACAAAAAAAAAACAAGAACGCAAAUCGUUGGGACAAUUUAGGCGGUCGGUCGACGAGGGUUUAGUUGGAAACUAUUUCAAAACAGAAAUUAGCAUAUUUUUAAAAUCGUUAAACUCUUUGAGUCUAAUUUUUCUUUUAAAUUCAAAAUUUGAUUCCUGAUUUGAUUUUUUUAUGUUUGAAUUCAACUUUCAGCGAUUUUUUUUUUCUUGUUAACUUUAAACAACUCACGUCUAUCGCAAUAGCCAACAGUUGUCGCAAACAACUUUCGUUGCAACCUUGAAUGCAAGCUCCCAAACAAGCUCCCUUCCAAAUGAAAACAAAAACAAAAGUGGAUGCUGUAGUGAUGUAUUGUUCAUGUGUACUUAUUUAUUUGCCCGCCAGCAGAAACGUCACUGUAAAUAGCCAAAUAAAGUAACAAAAUACGUAAACCAAGGAGUAGGAACGACGUUUUCCAAAUGUUUUCCAUAAGAGUUAAAGGCAACAACAAAAAAUUGUCAAAAUUUUGAUUCUAGUGCAAUAAUUUGAACAACUCAAUUUCGACUAGUUGCUGAUUAGUGCGAACAAUUGGCGAACCAAAGGCUAAACUUCGGUUCAAUUUCGUAAAUCACUCGAAGAAAUUAACAUUUCAAUGUUCGACGCAAACCAAAAGAAUUGACCCACAAAUCUAGCCAAGAGUGAAUGUGUGAUAGUGAGACCGUAGUUUUCAUCCUUCACUAUCUUUCUCUUUUUCUUGUUUGUUAGAACCACCAACUAAAAACCGAGCAAAUAUCAGGAGAAAUAAAUCAGCAUCCUCCACUCUUAACUGACAGCAACUGAUGUCAAACGCAAGCAACAGAACACUACUAAACACUAUUGUCUGUCAAUGUCUCAUAACUGUCAACUUCUUAUUGUUUUGAUUUCUCCGAACAAACUAUCUGCUCUAGGAGCGACACCUAUGAGAGAGUAGACAAAACAAAAUCAACAAACAAACGAUAUCUAAGAGAAGCCAAAAUAUUUGUAUAGUAAGGUAGGAUUUUCUUUCCCAACUUCAUCUCUCUAAAGGACAAAGACAUACCGAAAGGAAUAAGAAGAAAAACUAACACCCACACAGAAAAACAAAAACUAAACUCCUAACCACAUAGUCUACUUUGAUCCAUCCUUUUCCCAAAUCUAUCGCUACUUUUUGAGCUCUUGAGCGCGUCAUUCGAAAAUGGAGAUAGUAAACAAAAAAAAAAAUACAAAAAGCCAGCAUGCAAAAACAUUUCACAGAAAUGUAACCCAGUGAACAAAAACAGAAAAAAAAUCAAUGGAAAAUCGCAACUAAGUACUACUGUGUAUAGUAAACAAUACAACAAAAAGAUAACGAAAUACGUAAAACAAGUGGUCUAGACAAAAUGUGAAAACCAACAGUAAUUUAAACAACUAACACAAAACACACCAACACAAAAACACACACUCAUACAUAAAGAUACAAAACAAGAAAAGUGGAAACAAGAAGAAACAAUGUAUACGUAACUAGUUGGUAAGAGUAAAGUAUAUUUAAUAUAUAUUGAUUAAAACAAAUUGCAAAUAAAAGAGGAAAAAACUAAGAAAACGGUACGGCUAUAGCAGUGGUGUGGUGGAAUGAAAAAAAACACACACACACAACUAACCUUUGGAUACAGCCAAAGGCAUUAAAACGACACAACGGCAUACGUAAAAACAAAGUUACAAAAAAAGCAAAAAGUGAAAAUAAAGCGAAAAGAAUACAGUAAGUAAAUAAGAAUUUUUAUAGUGAAUAAGUAACUUAAUUGGAAUGAGAUAUUCCAUCCCAGAUCAGCAGGACACACAGCAAAACAGAACAUGAACAGAUAAAAAACAUAAACAAAAACACACACACACACCGAUAGACAAGAGGCAGAACAGAAAUUCAAUAGAGAUAGAAACCUUGAAGUGAACACAUGAAAAAACAUGUAGCAGAAACCAGAUAAAACACAAUAGUCCAUUGAUUAAAUGUUGUUAUCGACGAAAAAAUCGAAGGCUUGAAAGUGCUGUCAAUAUUUGACAUAAGAAAAAGCUGAACAAAAAGGCGCCAAACCUUAGAGAAGAUUAAAUAAAUCGACAGCCAGUUCCUAGAGAGAAAAAAAAAUGAAAACAACUUAUGUCCGAUGAAUUAACAUUCAUUCAAAGGUGAGGAGAAAGUUAUUAGGUCAACAGAAUAACAACAAUGGAAGGUUGCAAACAUUCAGAGACAUGUUAUAAUGAAAACCACAGACACACAUACAUUCAAUACAAACCAACCCUCACAUGUUCACAGACAAACAAACAAACAAACAUACAAACAACCCCCCUUUCAAUGGAGACAAAAAUAAAUGAAUUAUGAAAAAUUGAAA